AUGGAGGGUGGAAAAAAAGACAACUCGAGAAAAAUUUGUAUUUUCUACCUUCAGAAAUUAAUGACCAUGAGUUCGUUUAUGGUGGACUCUAAGUAUGUGGACCCAAAAUUUCCUCCUUGUGAGGAAUAUUCUCAAAAUAGCUAUAUACCUGAGCAGGGGACAGACUACUACGGUCCAGCGCAGGACCCAGGUUUCCAGCAUCCAGGAAUCUAUCCACGGUCAAACUACCCCGAGCAACCCUUCAGUUGUACCACUGUGCAGGGUUCUACAGUGCAGCCGCGGGGUCAUGUGCAUGAGCGAGCCAGCAAUCCUAUCCCUUUCACUGCACAGACCGAGCCGUGUCCCCCGGUCCAAGUGACUGGCCCCCGGACUUGUGGACAGCAACAAAACACAAAGAACCAACAUGGGAUACAAGCCAAGCAGCCUACAGUAGUUUACCCCUGGAUGAAGAAACACCACGUUACUACGGUAAACCCGGACUACACAGGACCUGAACCGAAACGGUCUCGGACAGCUUAUACAAGACAGCAGGUUUUGGAACUGGAAAAGGAAUUUCAUUUUAACAGGUAUCUGACCAGGCGGCGUCGCAUAGAGAUUGCCCAUACACUCGUUCUCUCCGAGCGUCAGAUCAAAAUCUGGUUUCAAAACAGAAGAAUGAAAUGGAAAAAAGACCACAAACUACCGAACACAAAGGGAAGAUCUGCAUCGGCUUCCAGCCAACAUUUACAAAGUAUUCAGAAGGAUAACCAGACUGAUAUCACAACUUUAUGAAUAUUAUGGGAAACUUUGAAUCUUACAUGAACUGUAGGCCUAUAAAAACUAUUUCCCAUUUGACUUUGCAUGAUCUCAAACAUGGCAUUUUCGUCAUAGGCAGUUACAUUCAGAAGGACCCUCGAUUUGUGUUGGCUCGCUGAAUUGAGUCAACUUCCAACAUUGUAACUGAUAGGUGCUCAGAAGAUACGAGUGCGUCAUUACAUGCUUCACAUGCUUCAAAGAGGUAGCAGUAGAUGAACGAGAACUUUCGCUUUCGGACGAAAGCUUGUGAAAGAGGUUUUCAUAUGGUAGGCCUAUUCUUCUUGCUUGCUAUGGUUCUCUUCUCACCACAAAAGUCAGAGUACUGCCUGAACAUUUAUGUCUUUAUUUAAAAGGGGGGGAAAAUGUACAAUUAUGUGAAGCUUUUGUACACUUUAAUUGGAAAUUGUCUUGUGAUGAAAUCAAGCUUUUAAAAAGAACAAUAUUUGAUUCAUAUAUUGCAAAAAAUAAAAUGGCCAUUGCACAC